CCUAUCAGAGCUCACACAUAACUCAGAGUCUACAGGGAAGAGGAGGAGCUCAGGGACUCAGUCUACAACAGCACAUGUGUCCACCACUGACUCUCAUACACCAGAAAAUGCUAUUAUGCAAAAUGUUUUUCAGAUAAAUAUCAAGCAUUACUGAUGUCUUCUUGGAAAGCUCUUUGUAUCCUGAAUACAAGAUUUUCUACCCAGAAAGGAAGAAAUGCUUCUGAAAUUUAUUAAGCAAACAGUUUUCUUCUUCAUGACUGUGUUUGGCACUCUCGGAAACAUUUCUGUUUCUGUUAAUUAUAUGUGCAGCUGGGUGAGAGGCACUGAGAAGAAAGCCAUACACCUUAUUGUCAUCCACUUGGCUUUUGCAAACAGCAUAAUCCUUCUUGCAAAAGGGUUGCCAAAGACAAUAGCAGUUUUUGGUUUAAUAAACUACCUAGAUGACUUAGGAUGUAAGAUCAUUGUUUACUUGGAGAGGGUGGCCCGUGGGGUCUCCAUCUGCACCAGCAGUCUCCUCACUGUGGUCCAGGCCAUCAUCAUCAGUCCCAGAGCAUCUGGGUGGAGGAGGCUCAGACCACAGUCUGCAUGGCACAUCCUUCCAUUCUUUUCUUUCUUUUGGAUACUCAACGCUUUAUUAGCUAUGAACCUAAUCCAUUCCAUCACAAGUACAAGCCUGAAUAUAUCACAGCAUAAGAAUAAAGAUGACUAUUGUUAUUUUAUGCUAGAAAGUAAGAAUACAAAAUGGAUUGUUCUUCCCUUUAUGGUCUUGAGAGAUGCUGUGUUUCAGGGAGCCAUGGGAGGCGCCAGUGGGUACAUCUUAUUUCUUCUCCACAAGCACCACCAGCAUGUCCUCUACCUCCAAAACUCCAAGCUUCUCUACAGAACUCCCCCUGAGCUGAGAGCUGCUCAGAGUGUCCUCCUUCUGAUGCUCUGUUUUGUUUUCUUCUAUUGGACUGACUGUGCUUUUUCUCUUUUUGUAAGUCUCUCUUUAGUGAACAAUUCCUUGAUGGUAAAUUUUCAAGAAUUUAUAACACUUGGUUAUGCAACUUUUAGCCCGCUUGUGUUGGUUCACAGGAAUGGACUUCUGCCUGAGUGUUGGCAUGCUCAGUGGGAGAAAUUGAGAAAAUGUCUCUCUCCUUUAUCUGUUCAAUGAAUGUGAAUUCGCUCUCAGUUUUAUAAUAUCUUAAGGAAGACAAAAAAAAACUCACAAAGCAUUUUAAGCGUGUGUUUAUUCUCGCACAGUCUUGCUAGUAACUCACAGCCUUGAGCUGAGAGAGAGAGAUCUCAGUAAACUACAGUGAUAUGUGAAACUUUAUUCUCCACUUUUCCUCUCUUUUGAAGGGAUUUUUAAAAUUUUCUAUAUUUGUAUUGUGUAUGGAUAAUUUACCUGCAUUAUGUGCUUGUAGCAAUACAUAUCUUGUGCUUGUAAAGGGAUCAAAUGCCCUGUGACUGACUGGAGUUAGAGAGGUUGCUCUGAACUAAAGUGUGGUUGCUAGGAAUUGAACCUGGGUCCUCUAGAAGACAAGCUAGUGCUCUCAACUACUGAGUCAUGUCUGCAGCAUAGAGAUAAUGGUCUUAAUUAUAUUUUAUAAUACUGAUUUUACUAUCACCGUGAUGGGAAACACACAGAUGAAUUUAUGUAAAAGGAGACUGAACAUUGUUUUCCUGGCUGCCCAGAAUGAAUAAUCACACAGAAACUGUAUUAAUUUCAACAGUGUUUCCCUGAAGGCUCAGAUAGAUUUCUAGCUACUCUUACAUCUUAAAUUAACCCAUUUCUAUUAAU